GAGAGGAGCGGGGCGUGGACUGAGCUCGACCAUUCUCUGCCUUCACUUGUGAGGAGGCGACGGACGAGGGGGGAGAAAAGGAAACUGACAAGAAGUCGACAGUUUGGCAGCUGUUCCCUAAAAGGAGUCUUUAUUUGAUCCAGCAUCUCUGUGCAGGCUUCAUGCUCCUGAACCUGAGGUCAUCAUCACUGUAAGCAUGGACGACAUCUUCACUCAAUGCAGGGAAGGAAACUCUGUGGCCGUGCGUCUGUGGUUGGACAACACGGAGAACGACCUCAACCUGGGUGACGACCACGGCUUCAGCCCGCUGCACUGGGCGUGCAGGGAGGGCAGGAGCGGUGUCGUGGACAUGCUCAUCAUGAGAGGCGCUCGCAUCAACGUCAUGAACCGCGGAGACGACACGCCGCUGCAUCUCGCGUCCAGUCACGGACACAGAGACAUCGUGGCUAAGCUGAUUCAGUGCAAAGCCGACCCCAACACAGUCAACGAGCACGGGAACACGCCGCUCCACUACGCCUGCUUCUGGGGUCAGGAUGAGGUCGCAGAGGACUUGGUGGCCAGUGGUGCUCAGGUGUGUGUGUGUAACAGGUAUGGACAGAUGCCUCUGGACAAGGCCAAGCCUCACCUAAGACAACUGCUUCAAGAAAAGGCAGAGAAACUGGGUCAGAGUAUGACCAAAGUCCCCUAUAAGGAGACUUUUUGGAAGGGCACCAUGCGAACAAGGCCUCGUAACGGCACCCUGAACAAGCAGGCUGGGAUUGAUUAUAAGCAGCUUUCACUCCUGGCAAAGAUCAAUGAAAACCAGUCUGGAGAGUUGUGGCAGGGUCGAUGGCAGGGCGACGAGAUCGUCGUGAAGGUGCUGCAGGUGAGAGACUGGACCACGAGGAAGAGCCGAGACUUCAACGAGGAGCAUCCCAAACUCAGGAUCUUUUCUCAUCCCAACAUCUUGCCUGUUCUUGGUGCUUGUCAGUCGCCGCCCUCUCCUCACCCCAUCAUCAUCAGCCACUACAUGCCGUACGGCUCUCUCUUCAACAUCCUGCACCAGGGCACGACUCUGGUGGUCGACCAGAACCAGGCAGUGAAGUUUGCGCUGGAUAUUGCGAGCGGCAUGGCUUUCCUCCACACCUUAGAACCGAUGGUUUCACGGCUUUGCCUCAACAGUAAGCACAUCAUGAUUGACGAGGACAUGACGGCCAGGAUAAGCAUGGCAGAUGCAAAGUUCUCCUUCCAGUGUCCGGGUCGUAUGUACUCCCCUGCGUGGAUGGCUCCUGAAGCGCUGCAGAAGAAGCCUGAAGACAUCAACAGGAGAUCUGCGGACAUGUGGAGCUUUGCCAUUUUACUGUGGGAGCUGGUCACCAGGGAGGUGCCCUUUGCUGACCUCUCACAAAUGGAAAUAGGCAUGAAGGUGGCUCUUGAGGGUCUUCGGCCCACCAUUCCUCCCGGGAUCUCGCCUCACAUCUGCAAACUGAUGAGGCUCUGCAUGAACGAGGACCCGGCCAAGAGACCCAAGUUUGACAUGAUCGUCCCCAUCCUGGAGAAGAUGCAAGACAAGUGAACGUUUGCACUCCUGCGAUAUCUUAUUUUUGAAUUAUCAAACCACUCUUAGCCUUCACUGCAACCAUGUAUCUGCUCAGCUGCUGUAAAUAAUACCAGAGACCACUUUAGCGACACCGUUCAACAAUAUCGUAUUGCUUUACUUUGUAUAAUUUAAAUCGAGGUAUAAAUGAUCCUUACCAUAUCCAUGUGCUCUUUUAUUAUAUCUUAAAUUGAAACACUUAAAGUCCAGUGUGGAUUAUUCAGUAAUGUGUCAUCCAAAGAAAUGUGUAUAGAAACUGCUUUUACACACAUGUCAACAACUGCCAAUGCAAUAAAUAUUUUAUAUUUAUGACAA